CACUUCUUUCAGGUGGUGUAAAAAUGAAUUCAAUUAACGUGAAAUUAUUUUAACUCAAGAUAUUUUGUUCAUAGUUCAAUAACAGAUUUUAAUCAAUGGAAGAAAGAAAAUACGAUUACAGUGCUCUAAAAAUGGACAAUUCUAUUAGGAAGCAGUUACUCAUUAUUACAUGUAUAAACAUAGGCCAGAUAAUCGUAGGAUGGAGUGUAGGAUGGACAGCUCCUAUCAUACCCAAGCUUCAGGACUUGGAGACCAGCCCGCUGCCAGAAGUAGUCACAGAUCUGCAAGCCUCAUGGAUAGGGUCACUCCUGUAUAUUGGUUCAGUUGUGGGUCCCUACGUCACGAGCAUCCUUUCAAACAUGAUUGGGAGGAAGCCGUGUCUCAUCAUCGGCGGUGUCCUGAACGUCAUCGCUUACAUUCUUGUCGUCUCCACAAACAAUAUCGCCAUGAUUUACGCCGUCAGGGUUGUCAGCGGUCUGGGCAUGGGAAUCACUAUUGUCAGCAAUAUCGUCUAUGUUGGAGAGAUCGCAUCAACACACAUCAGAGGCAUAUUAUUAACUUCUACAUCCAUAAUAGGUAUCACUGGGACCCUUCUGGUGUAUGCUAUCGGUCCUUUCGUGUCCUACGUGAUGACAGGGUACAUAGCUCUGGCGAUCUGUUUGAUACAUCUACUUGGGAUUAUAUUAGUGGUACCAGAAUCUCCUGUUUAUUACGCCAUGAAAGACAACGACACCAAGGCAGCAAAAAUCCUGAACAUGCUUGGCCGAAGUAAAGACAUAGAAAAAGUCGCUGACACGUUCGCGAAACGAGGAGAAUCUUCAAGCAAAAUCAUGGACUGGGUGGAAAUCUUCACCAUUAAAUCAAACAGAAAGUCUCUCUUAAUAACCUUCUUGCUUGGAGCCUUCCAGCAGACCAGUGGGGUGGCUGUCGUGCUGUUCUUUGCGACGACAAUCUUCCAAUUGGCUGGAUCCACGAUUAAGCCAGAUCUGGCGACGAUUAUCAUUGGCGUUACGAGAUUGCUGUCCAGUUUAAUCGCACCGUUAUUGGUUGAGAGUAAAGGAAGGAGGAUUUUGCUGUUGAUUUCUAUGGCGGCCUGUGCGUGCAGCUUGUCAAUCCUGGGUGUUUAUUUCUACCUGGACAGGAUUGAGAGCCCAGCUUUGGGCUCCAUCGGCUGGCUCCCACUGGUCUCUCUCAUCGUCUACUUCUUCUGUUAUGAAGCAGGUUUCGGCACCAUCCCGAACGCGAUUGUCGGCGAGAUGUUCCGAGCCAACGUGAGGGCUAAUGGCUCAGCUCUAGCCAUCACCAUGACGUGGCUCGUAGGUUUCGGGCUCACCACCAGCUUCACAACCAUGCUGGACGCUCUCGGCGGUGACGUCACCUUCUGGCUCUUCGGAUCCUCUUGUAUAGUUGCCUUCCUGUUCACCUAUUUCUUCGUUCCUGAGACUAAGGGAAAGACGCUCCAUGAAAUUCAAGAGAUGAUGAGUUAGGAGAAUACUAAUAGUGUCAUUCAUCGGCCAUCUUGUAAAUAGCAGAUUUCGGGCCCUGUUAUGAUUUAAAUAACAUUAUCAUUAAUUUAAAAUGUUGUUAGAUAAUAGAUUGUAAAUAGAAUCGUAAUAUAGCAGUAUUUAGAAGAGAACUUUUUGACUAUUUCUAAUUUAGGCUAAAUUAGGUAAUAAGAGUUUGUUCUGCAAAUUCGCAGGACUGUAGUUUUGAAUGUAAGAUAUUAAAUUAAUUUAUUAUUUA